AUGGACUCUACGCUUUUGUGCUCUUCAUUAGAGCUAAAAAUUUGUUCCAUUUUUAAGCUUACAGUGAGUACCAAUCUUUAUGCUAAGCAAACCAACAGCGAAUCAGAUAGAGAGCGAACACCAACGCAUGGCACAUCGACAACAGAUAAUCAAAAUAAUAUACCAAAUUUUCAGAGCGCUCAUACAGUGGCGGGCAAAAGUCCAGCGGAGCAGGAGCGUACAAGCGAGCCAACGCUACUCGAGCACAUUAAACAAGAACCCGAUGCAGAGGCUGAACUCGAGCCGCAAAAGCUAAAAUGCGAUCUUUCGAGAUCCUCCCAAGCUGUUACAUUAGCGAACACACCAACGCCGACUCUAACGCCAUCACCGCUGCCUCCAACACCUACGCUACCUGUUGCAGCGGGUGCGACAGGUUGCGCCCCACCACCAACUGCAACGCCCAGCAAUCCACUGGAGCUUCAGAAUGCGCCACCUCCAACGCAUUCACCAUUUGAACUCUCUGGUCAUCCACAUCUGGCAUUGCCACACAACAAUGCCGAACAAUCGUUGAUGCAAAUGCAAUUACUAUCCUCACUUCCGCAUCAUACCAUGCAAUCCAUGCAACUGCACUACGGACACGCCCAACAUUAUCAUCACCAACAACAUCUACAACAUCAUCAACAACAACACUCGUCAUCGCAUCCCCAUCACCAAUUGUCGUCACAUUGUAAAUCUUUACUGCCCGCAGAUGCACAUCGCUUUCCCGCUAGCCCACUGGACUUUCAACAGGCUCUGAUGUCCGUCGGUCCGCCUAGCUUGAGCGUCGAUCCUGCUGCCGCUGCGAAUCAGAAGCACUUCUGUCAUGUUUGUCGUCGUAACUUCAGUUCGAGCUCAGCGCUGCAAAUCCAUAUGCGUACCCAUACAGGGGAUAAGCCUUUCCAAUGUAAUGUGUGUCAAAAGGCAUUCACCACCAAAGGGAAUUUGAAGGUUCACAUGGGUACGCAUAUGUGGACGAAUCCCACAUCGCGACGUGGUAGACGCAUGUCACUUGAGUUACCACUACAUCGGCCGGGCAGUAUGCCACCGGAGACGGAUUUUAUGCAACGACGUCCACAGAUAUUUUUUCCAUAUUUGCCGCCAUUUUUCAAUGGACUACCGCCAAAGCCCAGUGACCUGAGCCCUGGCGCCUUUCCCAACCUUACGCCGCCACAUUUUCCAAAUGGCUCGAAUGCUGGUAAAUAUCCACCUGGACUGCUAGGAUUGCCACCAUUUCUGGCACCGCCUUAUAACUUUGCCGGCAUGACGCCACAGCCACACGGCGAGCAUGCGCAAGCAGAUAGUAAAUCACCAACACCAACAAGAGAAGACAGUAAACGCGGAGAGAGCCCAACGCGUGGCACGGCGCUAGAAGUUACGGCGCCUUGGCAUAUGCUAGGAAAAAUUAAAACGGAGAACAAUCAAAAUGAAGAACGGCGGUCAAUAACGCCGCCGACGAUGAGUAGUCACAUGGUGGAUGAGACGCGUGGCGACGCGCAGCGUGCGUAGCAUGCGUAAUAGAGCUACGCAUGCGAUAUAAAAGAUUUCGGGCGAACUAAAAAUAAUUGUGAAUUUGAAAUUAGUUUUUUAGCGGAUAGUGAAACUGAAAACAUGGUUUUUGUGGAGUACAUAUCGUAAAAUGGUAAAAAUGCUUAAAAAAAUUAUUGCUAAACUAUGAAAUAACGUAAAUAUUAUAUUAUUAAAUGAUAUUAAAUGGAAGUAGUAGACUUAGGUCUAAAAUAAAAUAUAAGUAUGUAAGCAGAAAGAGAAAUUAUGUAGGCAAAAUGCGUAAAAUAAGAAGCGUAGAAUAGAAUUCAAAGCAAGCGAAGUAGAGUUAGGUUCCAAAAAAAAAAAAAAAAAUAAUAAUUAGUAUGGGACGCAUGUAUGCAUUUAAGUGGCACUAAAUUAGUGUAUAGUUAGAAAGUAAUAGCUGUAUAAAUAGCAUUAGAAAGAAAACUAGUUAUACAUAAAUACUUACUAAAUAUGUAUCUAGUAUAUUCAUGAGAACGUUUAAUUUAUUUAGUCUAGAAAAAAGUGGCAAUUAACGGCAACGAUUGUGGCUAAGCAAAAUUUUACGCUAGGUACAUACAUGUAUGUAUAUUGUGCAUACAUGUGUAUGUAUGUAAGUGCACGUGUGCAA